GUAGAAAAUGAAGCCGCAACAGAAGAAGAAGAAGCUGAGUACUUCCGGAAGAUUUCCGCGUUACUUGCUGUUUAAAACCAAAGUGUGGUAUUAUUGUCAGUAAUCUGUCUUUUAUAAUGGUAAAUUGAAAUGAGGUCAGGUAAACGAACGCCUAUCCCAUUUCGUAAGGCUGUUUUGAAAGCUAACCGGCUAACGUAGCUCGUGCCUGCUGGUCGUGUUGAUCCUGCUGGGUUGGUGAUGGAGAAGUUAAUAUCCAAGCUGACCGAGAAGCGCGUUCUCUUUACGGCUUCCUUCGCUAUACGACUCGCCUUGGUCGUCUAUGGAGAGUACCAGGACCGGACUAUGGCGGUGAAGUACACCGACAUUGACUACCACGUGUUCACAGAUGCCGCAAGGUUCAUUACUGAGGGUGACUCCCCCUACAACCGGUCAACCUACCGCUACACCCCUCUUUUAGCCUGGCUUCUCACCCCUAACAUCUAUGUCAACAUGCUGUACGGCAAGGUCCUGUUUAUUGUGUGUGACGUCCUGUCAGGCCUGCUAAUAUACAGAAUCCUCUGUCUGCAAGGUCUGCACGCUGAGGCUGCCCAGCGCGUUUCUUCCUUGUGGCUUCUUAACCCACUGCCCAUCGGAGUGUCCAGCAGGGGGAAUGCUGAGUCGAUCCUAGCAACUCUGGUGCUCGGGACCUUACUCUGUAUGAAAAGCCGGCGUCUAGUAUGGGCAGCUGUUCUCUAUGGCCUGUCGGUCCAUAUGAAGAUCUACCCAGUCACAUAUGCACUGCCCAUUGCCCUGACUCUGCGCCCACAGGUGACCCCAGCAGAGGAGGGCAGGACGAGGUGGAGGACGCUCCUCAGGUUUUUGGGCAGCUUCCUGAAUGCAGAGCUGUUCCUCUUUGCCACUGUGGCUGGAGGAGUUUUCUGUAUGCUCACCGCACUCUUCUUCUACAUGUAUGGCUGGCAGUUUGUUCAUGAGACCUACCUGUACCAUCUGACAAGAAGGGAUAUCAGACACAACUUUUCCCCAUACUUCUACAUGCUCUACCUCACUGAAGACAGCAGCUGGAGCCAGUGUCUUGGACUGGCAGCAUUCCUUCCACAGCUUGCUCUGCUGUUGCUGGCUUCAUGGGCCUUUUAUCCUGAUCUGGCCUUCUGCUGUUUCCUGCACACAGCAAUCUUUGUCUCAUUCAACAAAGUCUGCACGUCACAGUACUUCCUGUGGUACUUGUGCUUACUCCCUCUCCUCAUCCCUCGUCUGACCCUGUCACUGAAACAGGGACUGGGUCUGCUGCUUCUGUGGUUUUCUGGACAGGCUAUUUGGUUGGGCCCAGCCUACUUCCUGGAGUUUGAAGGCUAUAACACCUUCCUGCUUAUCUGGCUUUCUGGACUACUCUUCUUGAUCAUCAACUGUUUCAUCUUGAUUCAGAUCGUAGCUCAUUACAAUCCAUCACAGACAUUACAGAGACUCAAGCCUGAUUAACACUCCAGUGAUUUCAGUGUGGACGUCUGUCAAUGGAUGAUGUUUGACCACUGACAUGCUGGCUGGUCCAGGUUUAACUGCACCUCUGACACGAUGAUGCAUGGGAUUGAUUCCUACAAAAAAGGUGCUUCUGCUAAUGGUCUGAGGAUUUUCUACAUUUUUUCCUGAAGGUGCUGGGCAGCAAGGUGCAUGUACAAAUAUAGAGUUUGUAUUUUAAUAAAUAUAAUUUACUGGUGCUUUAGUGA